AAAAAUGCACACUCAAACACCCUAUCUCUCUCCCACAAACAGGAACAAGAAGAGUGUGCUGACACCAUAUGGAAACAUCUGAUUUUCCAGCAAAGGAAAAGGCUCCUGACGGACCAGUGAGGAAGGCCAGUUCUCCUGCAGUAAUCCUGUUUUUCUAACACCCACCUGGCAAGUGAAUUAUGGACAAACCCCCCUCCCCGGGGAGUGAACAGUGUGGAUGCAGACACAUCAGGAGCUGUUGACGCAAGGACAGAAGACUAAUAGAAACUCGAAUCACAAAUAGGAGUCUUAAAAAUAAAACCAAGUUCCAUGGGGUGGGCUCCACAGGAAACGGAGUUAAAACCCGGUUCUGAAGUUUAGAGGCAGCCUUCCUUGGACUUGUUCGCCCUGGGACGCAGUGAUGGGCCAGAUGGGAUGAAAAGUAAAGUGAUGAACACUAGCCCAGAAAGAAAGGGCCUGCUGGGGAUUGUCAGCCGGUCGGGGUAGCUCAGAGCUGCGAAGGAACUGGAGAGAACCGGGGAGGCCGUGGGAGGCCAUACCUGCAGGGAAGCAUCGGUGCACCGACCUGGAGAAGCAGCCACGGAGACCCUGGCACUGGGCUAGCCAACGCGCACGUGCGUGCUCUCCAGAAGUUCAGCUGAGAGUGCACACAGGACCGACACACUCCUCGCGGGAGAGGGGAGCCCUGUGUGAGCCAGAGGAACUGUGCACACAAAAGUGAAAUUUGAUCUCGGGCCAGGAAGAGUCCGUGCAGCCAGAGCCCCAAAGGAACAGUCGACCUUGAGCAGCCUGAGUCAGGGCGCGGUCAUGGUGGGCUGCUGAGCGGGGGUCGGGCUGCGGCGGCGGCCAGAGCAAGCAUUCCCAUGGAGAACCCCGUGCCCCCCUGCGCCCUCUACCCCAGGGACAACCAUGGCCGCGGGGCCGAGGCCGGGGGCGCCUUUGCGCAGGGAGCGUGCGACCAGGCCGGGGGCCGGGGCGGCGCUCCCGCGGCUCCGGGAGAGGGCAGCCUGCAGCCGCCGGACGCGCAGACACCCUGCAGUCUCAGCGCGUCGCUGUGCUUCAGCUCCGGGGACGACUCCCCGCCGCAGUCUCGCGCCUCCGCCGCGGAGGGCGCAGCGUCCUCCCCGCCCUCGCGUCGCAGCGGCCCGCUGGUGGUGGAGCGGCAGUGGGAGGUCGGCAGCGUGGGCACCGCGUCCCCCGAGGAGCCCGGGGAUCCCGAGCAGCGCGCGUCCCCCGAGGAUUCUGUGUCCCCGAAAGAGCCCGCGUCCGCCGAGGAGCCCGGCGACCCAGCGCAGCGCGCGUCCCCGGAAGAGCCCGUGUCGCCCGGGGAGCCUGUGUCCACCGAGGAGCCCACGUCCCUGGAAGAGCUCGUGUCCCCCGAGGAGCCCGUGUCCAUCGAGGAGCCCACGUCCCUGGAAGAGCUCGUGUCUCCCGAGGAGCCCCUAUCCCCCGAGGAGCCCGGGGAUCCCGCUCCAGUGCCCCCUGGCGUCGGGCCCGCGCACGGGGAGCCCGACCUGGUGAUCGAGGUGUCGGGCCGCCGGCUGCGGGCGCACAAGGCGGUGCUGGCGGCUCGCAGCGACUACUUCCGCGCGCGCGCGUCCCGGGACGUGCUGCGGGUGCAGGGCGUGGGCUGGGCGGCGCUGCGGCUGCUGCUGGCCUACGCGUACAGCGGGCGCAUGGCGGGCGUGCGACCCGACAACGUGGCCGAGGUGGUGGCCGGCGCGCGCCGCCUGCAGCUGCCUGCGCUGCAGCGCGCCACCGAUGCCCGCGCGGGCAGCCGCCCGCAGAGCCCGUCGGGGGACGCGGAGGGCCGGGGCGACGCCGCCGUCUACUGCCUGCACGAGGCGGCCGGCGAGUGGCGCGAGCUGACGCGGCUGCCGGAGGGCGCGCCGGCGCGGGGCUGCGGGCUGUGCGUGCUCUACAACUACCUCUUCGUGGCCGGCGGCGUGGGGCCUGCGGGUCCCGACGGCCGCGCGCGCCCCUCGGACCAGGUCUUCUGCUACAACCCGGCCACCGACCGCUGGAGCACCGUGCGGCCGCUGCGCCAGGCGCGCUCGCAGCUGCAGCUGCUGGCCCUGGACGGCCACCUGUACGCCGUCGGCGGCGAGUGCCUGCUCAGCGUGGAGCGCUACGACCCGCGCUCCGACCGCUGGGCCGCCGUGGCCCCGCUGCCUCGGGGUGCCUUCGCUGUAGCGCACGAAGCCACCACCUGCAACGGCGAGAUCUACGUGUCCGGGGGCUCUCUCUUCUACCGCCUGCUCAAGUACGACCCGCGGCGCGACGAGUGGCAGGAGUGCCCGUGCAGCAGCAGUAGGGAGCGUUCCGCGGCCAUGGUGGCCCUGGAUGGCUUCAUCUACCGCUUCGACCUGGGCGGGGGCCGUGGCGACUCUCAGGCGGCGGCAACGCCGGCCGGAGGCGUCAGCGUACUCCGCUACCACUGUCUAGCCAAGCAGUGGAGCCGCUGCGCCGCGCACCUGCGGCCUCCAGGCGCGCCGUCCAGCCUGCAGCCCUUCCGCUGCGUGGCGCUGGACGGCACCAUCUACUGCGUGAGCCGCGCAGGCACCUGGCGCUUCGUGCCCCCGCAGGACAGCGAGCCCGGCGCGGACGUGGGCGCGGGCGAAGGCGGCAGCUUCGAACCCGCGCCGCUCCGCGUCCCCUUGGAUGCCCGAGGAGCGCUCUUUCCGUUCGUGCUCAACUUGCCGGAGAAGACAGACCGAGGCGAGGAGGGCGCCGCGUAGGGCGGGCAGGGGCCACCUGGGCCUCUCCCUCAGGGACGCCCCCCUGGGCAGAGAUUCAACUGGGUAGGGGGGCGGGAGGGCGAGGAGAGAAUCCUGGGGUGGGCGCUGUCCACGGGGACCAUUUAAACGCUUUGAAGUUGGAAUCUUGUGGGGCCUUGAAGACUUUCUGCAAUGCUGUUUUAAGGUCUGCUGCCCUAUUCUGCAUUCCUUUUUGUGCCGCUUUGCUUAACGGGGUCAAUGGCAUAGUACGUAAGGUGUGUGCAAAUACUAACCUUACAAAUAUGACACGGGAUAUCUGAGGGAGAAGGAAUUGGAAGAUGAAGCCUCAGGAUCAGUGGGUGGGUCCCAGAGUGUGCCCGGGCGUGCUGGGGUGCUCGGGGGCACUUGCGCUCCCGAGUGGGGUGGAGAGCCGGCCAGACGUGAGUCUGCGCAGUAGCUUCCUCACUGUGCUAGGAGAAGGCCCUGCGAGCACAGCUCAGGGCCACGGCGCCCCGGGGGAGACCCUGAAAUAGGACACCAUGAACUAUAUUGGUGAGCCACUGAGAGAAGGCCACACUUCUGUUGGCUUGAGGUUUAAAUUCAUAACCUAUACGUAGAGCUUUUAAAACUUUUCUAAUUUAGUUAAAAGGCUCAUGUCAUCCUAUGUUCAAGUGUGGGUUGGGUUAGGUCCAGAUUCACAAGUAUGAAAGGUGGGAUGUUUGGUACAGUAUGUCUUGUCCAGCGAGCAGUGGAAGGGUUUCCCCUGCCAACUUCAGAUCCCACAGAGUGGGCCUCACUCCCCUCUCAAGAGCAGCUCAGCUCACCUUUCAACUUAGAUGGGUUACAGAUUUAUAAGUUAAAGGGUGUUAAUAAUUAUGUCCGAUGUUCUAGUAAUGAUUUACUCUUCCUUCAGAGAGCAGACCAUGAAUAGGAAAAGCUGACCCACAAGGAUGCUUGUCUAUUUAAAAAGGAACUUUGUCAGGUACCCUAUACAUGCUUAGCCACCUUCAUAUUUUAUAAUGGGCUCAAAGAGAUGAUUACCCCCCCCCCAAGAAGAAGGUUAAAAGCACUCUUUUUGACACUUCUAAAGACAAACAUGUAGGCACAUUUGGAACCCACUACUUAUGAUGUUCUAAGUAUGUAUUAGGUAAUUCUGAUGCGGGAAAUUAAUCUUUACAAGCAUGUUGCGGUAGAGUUGACAUAAGGGGAAAUAACACAUAUUUAUAACGUCAUUAGCAAGUAGACUACAUUUUUCUAACUGAGUUCCAAAAUACCCUGAAAGAAUUAACAUGAAAUUCAGUACUUUGAAAGGUCACAAGCAUUAAAAACAAAUAAAAUGUUUCUCAUUUGUUAUAACAUUUUGCUUUCCAAAUAGGCGUAGACGGAGUUUACUAUUUGCUUGAAUUUAAGGAUGAAGUACAUGUUCACAAAUAGAGGCAAACCGAUCUGGAUUCAGAAUCCAAUCCAUUUUCUGAUUGUGGUAGGAAAAGUACACAUUGAAAGUCACUGGCACUUAAUUAGAGGAAAUCAUGCACCCCCACCACUCUUCACUUCUUAAUCCAGCGCUGGGGGUUGACAUCUCUGUAGCAAGGGUGGGUCAUUGGGAAACAAACUAUGCUUUUUAAAGAGUCUGUGAUUAUGGAAGUUAUCAGUGAAGUGUGUUUAGACGUGACCAGCUUGCAUCUUUAUCCAUGUGCCGGAGGAAUGGAAUUUACGAUUUCAGUUAGCGUAUGUUCUGGUGACCUGUGUGGUUGCUCAUGAUUGCUCACGAGCCAAGAGGCUACCUUGGCAGCCUGGUUCAUCCUCUUAGGAAAGAAGGACAGACUUCAGAUUGCCUGGCCUUCUAGGAGUAGAAUGCAGAAAUGGUAGUAGAAAGAGAAGUUAGAGCAAAAGGAAACAAAUAAUGUUCUUUUAAAGAAACAUACGCCUUGUAUCAUAGCACAUUUUCCUCUAGAAUGUUACUAUAUUUAUGCUAAAGCUUUUAUAUGAAAUGGAACCAGGCUAAUAUUUUCAUUCCUUAAAUCUCAAGUUCAUAAAAUACUAUCACUGUGAUUUUGCUUGAGAAAUCAUUCCUGCGAUGUUUACUGUUUCAAAACAAAAUACUGUGGAGGUGGAUUUCCGAAGCAGGCUCGUCCCCACAGGGACAUGCUGGGUGGCAGGUGCAGAGAGCCUCCCCAUCACAUGCCCAGCUGGAGUUCUGUGUAUUGUUUUAUGAUUUAAUUUAACAAAGGCCGGUCCUGGACAUGGCAUCAGUCCUGCAGGAACUGGCCUUGGAGCUCCAGGGGUUUGUCCCAGUGGAAUACACGAGGAAGCCUAGGGAAACGGACGGAUAGGUAAAAGGACAUAGAAUAGUGUGUAUCUUAUUUCUAAACAGGAAUACCUCAUAGUAACAGAUGCCAUCGGGACCAAUUUAUUUUGCUUUUGGGUCCACUAUUUGGAGUUGUAGCCACAAGGUUUGCACCAGGUACGCAAGCAGAAACGCCACCUCUCUGGGGCCGCGAUGUGGAGGAUUGCUUGGUGGGGGUGGGGGUGGGCAGUCCCUGCUGUGACUUGCCCGGACAGCUGAUGUUCCAAGGAGGGGCCUUGGCACGUGCAGGCUGAUGCUCCGAGUCUGCACCCAGCACGGUGUAGGAAUACCGUACUAUUAUUACUCACCGGGUGCUUGUUCUGCUGCAGACAUACUCAUGGUGACGAUGUGUCAGAGGCAGGCGGACCUCGUGUGUGCAGCAGGACCAUCCCUGAUUCUCAUAAAGGUAACCCUGCACUCGGACGUUUCCACGUAUGUCAAAGAGCGGAGGUCUUGUCAGGGAGGAUUGCAGUGCACAGAAAAGCUGCAUCCUGUUUGGCUGACAACCUGUUGUUCCUCAAGGUUCAUUUGAAACCCAAAGACACGGGCUAGAGACGUCCUCUUUCCUGUGUUUAUUCUUGGUCCCGGGAACAAUCUGAGCACCGGCGCUGACUCUUGGCAGCUCUCUGGAGCUGGAUUUGGGGCUUGCUGAUGGGAUUUCUGCGUCUCUGGUGGCACCUCUUUCUUUUCCUCUACGAGAACACACAGACGCUGUGGCCGCGCGUUUGCGGCAGUUCCAGCUCUUUGCCUUGGGUGUUGCUGCAGACGCCGGAGAGAUGAAGCCAUCCGCCUCCGCGGUGGCUUCUGGUGCGGCUUCAGUACUGCUGGCUCAUCCGUGGGUCUCUUGGGUAACUUCCUGUGAACGGUUUUGAAACGGGAUGUGUUUGAGGUCCUUUGCUGUGGUUCCUAAAGCCAAGGUCGUUUUGGCCACCGCCUGCUGUAACACCUGCACGGGGCAAAAUGUAGGCAGAAGUGCUGCUUGUGUUCUGUCUUACUUUAGACGCUUCUCUAGCUUACAAAAUGUUGUAUUUGGGCAUUAAAAAAACUCAGCGUUCUUCCUUUUCCUGGUCCUGUGCGAUGGUGUUCGUGAGAAGCAAUGGCGCUGGGAAGGGAGACAUGCACCCACUCCGGUUUCACUGCCUUUCUGCCCGCACGUGCCCUGCACCUGCCGGGCUGCAUGGGGAGGCCGUGCCCUCGCGCCCCGGUGCAGGGCUCGCGGCUCUCACGCGCGGUGAACCGGCUGGCAGUGAGCUGAAAUGCGGGCUGCGGGUGUUCUCCUGGGGGAUGCAAGCUCCUCCAGAGCUCUUCCAAGCUGUAAGCAGAAUGCCCGGUGGUGUCGGUUAGAGACAUGCCAUCCCGGCCCCCAGCCCGGGUUAGCCCGCUGACGCUGUAUGCAGGGAAUGUGUUUGUUAAAACUUCGGUUUUUCACACCCAGGCGCAAUUGCUGUGAAACCUUGUACCUGUCCGCUUAUGCCGAGAUGAAAUAAAUCAUCGGAAAUGCUA